AUGGCUGAUCCUCUUUCGGUUACUGCUAGUCUCGUGGGAUUAGUUGGCUUUGCAUUUCAGGCAAGCAAGUCCCUUUAUCAAGUCAUUGAAAGUUUCAAAUCCUCAAAAAGAGCGGUCCGUGAACUUCGAGAGGAGGUCGAAUCCUUGAACGGUGUUCUGGCGACGUUGUCACAGAUGGCUAUCGAAUAUGAUGCUCAACUGACGUCUUUGAAGCUUCCUUUGCUGCGAUGUGGUAAAACAUGUGCAGAAUUCGAAGAUGUUAUCAGCAAAAGCGCGGGACAUUCAGAUGGCCAGAGGACAAGCUUUCGUGACUGGGCGAAACUGCAGUAUAGAGGAGGUGGUAUUGGAGACUUGAAGACUACUCUGGCUGGUUAUAAAUCGACCAUCAACAUUGCCAUUGGCGGUGCUACUUUUCGCCAAGCUGCAGUUACAGCAAACGUUCUUGAUGAUUAUAAGAGGAUGAUCGAUGAAGCCACAUCUGAUCUGCAGGAUCAUCUGCAGCUAAUUGAUGAAAGGAUGCAAUCGCUCAUACAGAAUACCGCUUCAAUGCCAAGCCUAGGCCCUCCCGAAGUUGAAGAGAUUAUAGAAGAAAAAAGGAGUAUACAACAGUGUCUGGCAAUCUGCACACAGGUUUCUCAAUUGAUAGAGACAUAUCAGACUCGUCGGAUGAUCUAUCAAUCACCUAGUGAAUCCGUUCCACACCAAUUCUCGACCUUUAGAGCAGAAAAAGCGACGAAUGAUUUGCUAAUGGGGUUUAAAAACAAGUUGUCUUCCAAUGCCAACGACCUUCAAGUUCGGCUAAAAGAACUUGAGGAUCGUCUUGGAAAACUCUCUAGAGAGAGCAAUGAUCAACAAGACUUGAGUCUUCUCCAAGCUAUGAAAGAGGAGAGAGAUAGUAUCACACAAUGCCUCGAAAUAUGUACAGAUGCAUCCGACUUUACGGCAACAGUUCGUACGAAUGUCUAUGAGGAUGUGACAUCUGCCGACAACGCUCAUCAAUUGGUCGUAUCAACAAUAGGUGAGCUUAUAUCGGCAAGGCAUAUCAUAACUGGUUCCAACUCAGUCCAGUGGCUAGGACAAAUGUCUGAUGAAACCAUCCAAAAGCUUUCCAAUGACAACAAACGCAUUGUUCCUGAAAAUCAGACCAGCGCACCGCAAGGGCAGAAAAGUGUAUUUAACGACCUUUAUGGAGCGGGAUACCAGCUGAAAGGUGAAUACCGCAAUGUCACCGCUGCCAUUGCUGCUUUGCCAAAUGACGGGCAGGAUUAUACCAUCUACAACCUCGCUGGUACCUACACUGAGCAGAUUUCCAUCACCCGCUCUGGAAAGGUCACUUUGCGCGGUGAGACUUCUUUCACAAAUGAUUAUACCCAGAAUCUAGUCACUACCAUAUAUUCCAGCGGUGAGCUCACCAGUGCUGGCAAAGACGAGAGUACUCCCAUCAUUAAUGCGAAGAAGACCGACGGCACUAGCUUAGCUCUGUACAACAUCAACUUUCACAAUACCUAUCCUCAGACCAAAAACACUGCCGCUCUCGCUGCCGACUUCUAUAGCACGAACAUCGCAGCAUACGGCUGUUCCUUCGUUGGCUUUCAAGAUACCUUGCUGGCAAACAUGGGUACGCAAGUCUUCUCCAACUGCUACAUUGAAGGUUCCAUUGAUUUCAUCUGGGGAUACUCGACCGCAUACUUCCAUCAGUGUUACAUUGCUACCAAUACUCCUGGAUCAUGCAUUUCCGCUCAGAGCCGUCCUUCCUCUACCGCAUCUGGCGGUUAUGUCUUUGAUACUUGUUAUGUCACAUACACCAGCAGCUAUGGCCCUAGUUACGGUGAAUCGUAUCUGGGCCGACCAUAUUCAGAAUACAGUAUUGCAGUACAUAUGAACUCAUAUCUGGAUAAACACAUCAAUGGUGCUGGCUGGCAACAGUGGUCCACCAGUUCGCCCAACACUGAACAUGUUAUGUUCGUCGAAUACAACAACUCGGGUCCUGGUGCCUGGAGCUUAAACCGUGUCUCUUUCGCUACCAACCUGACUGCCACAGAGGCUGCAUCGUACACGCUAUCGUCAUGGAUUGGUGAUACAUCCUGGCUAGACAUGACGGCUUAUAACCAGGUACCUUCAUACAACUUGACCGGAUCAUCAAGCGCGACUACCACCUCCACCUGGGCGCACCCAACAAAUGGAACCGUGCCUCCAUCAGGUGCAGUGCUCGUUUCGCCUGGGGGUGUUGUCAAAGGAUCAUACGGCAAUUUGACUGACGCCCUGGCCUCCCUGCCGGAUGACUACUCCACACAGAUCAUCUUCAUGUACUCCGGCUCGUACAACGAGCAAGUGCCAUCGACAGGCAGCCUCGGUGCUACCUACCAGAACAAUCAAGUCACCAUCACCUUCUCCCACGGCUUGUCCGUCAAUCCCUUGCCAGUCGGUCAUUCAGACGCAGAGACAGCUACAUUCUCGACAACUAGCAACCAAAUCGCCAUGUACAACAUCAAUUUGAUUAACACCGCCAAUCUGGACGGCUCUCAGUCAUCCGACGUGGCACUUGCUGCUUCUAUCUAUGGCUCCGAGAUUGGUUUCUAUGGUUGUAGCUUUGUCGGUUGGCAAGACACUCUUCUGACGGGCAGCACGACUGGCUACCAGUACUACGAAUCAUCCUACAUCGAGGGUGCCAUUGACUUCAUCUGGGGCUACUCCAAAGCCUACUUCAAGGGAUGCACCAUUAGUGCCAAACGGCAGAAGUCUGCGAUUACUGCUCAGAGUCGUUCUUCGUCAAGUGCCAUUGGUGGAUACAUCUUUGACCAAUGUCUGUUUGAGGCUGCCAGCGAUGCUACAGUCGACCUGACUGAACUCGUCUACCUGGGACGACCUUACUCGGAAUAUGCUUUUGUGGUUGUGAAAAAUUCCUACCUCACUGAUAUCAUCAACCCAUCAGGAUGGAAGAUCUGGAGUUCGUCUGAUCCUCGUACCGAUUAUAUCACUUUUGCUGAGUUCAAUAACUCUGGACCUGGAAACUGGGAGAAUAAUGCCGCGUCGCCUGAGGCUUUUGGUAACUGUACCUUGUUAACCUCGGACACGUAUACACUGGAAGAAGUUAUGGGAUCCACUGAAUGGAUUGAUAUGACGGGAUUCAAUCGUGACCCCCAAGGCCGCCUCUACAGCCAACGUGCUUACAUCGUGUCCAAGACGGCUAUUGCGAACGUGACGACCUUUGAUACCAUUCAAAGUGCACUCGACGCUUUGCCAACUUCCAGCAAAGUGACACCCACCGUUUUCAUCUACCCCGCCGAUGAGUCCAACUCGGACAGCGCGACUGUGUACGCCACUGGCAACUACCUCCAGGCCAUCAACGUCAACUUUGUGAACGACUUCGGCACUACCAAAGACUACGCAUCACUCGGAUUCGCUGUCAGGUCCAGCAAGUAUGCCUCGCUCUAUGGCUCCCAGGUGAGAGGCAAUCAGGAUGCGCUAUUGAUCAAUGGAUACCUCUUCGCCAGCAAUAGCUAUAUUGAAGGUAACAUCGAUAUGAUUUGGGGCUCUGGGUCUGGUUACUUCCUUAGCUCGACCAUCUCACCCAAUGAGGAUGGCAUCAACUUGACCGCCGAUAAGCGUGCCAGCAACACCGCCGCUGGCGGCUUUGUAUUUGACAAGUGCGCUAUAACCCCUGCACCAGGAGCCGGUAGCAUGUCCGAAAUUUCGUUGGGUCGCCCGUGGAAUAGCCACGCACGAGUGGCGUAUGUGGAAUCGUACCUUGACUCCUGCGUCGAAGCUGCUGGUUGGGAGCAAUGGUCUAAGAGUAGCCCGCAGACUGAAAAUGUGCUGUUUGGCGUGUAUCAAAGUGCAUCGACCGCCAAUCGAGCCUCGUUUGCAACGGUGUUGAAUGACAGCACAGUAGCUCAGUUUGAGCUCACCAAUUUCUUUGCUUCGACUUCCUGGAUCCAGUUUGACCACGUUGAUGGGACUCCAUUUGUCCCGGGAAACUUCACGGUCCCGAGUACUUCCAGUAUGAGUCUCGCCCCGAGCACAUCUGCUGUGAUCACGGCCACUCCCACUGCAACACUCACUACUCUUAUCACUGUUCCCGAUACAGACACCGCUUUCACGACCCUUACACCCGCUGAUAUUACCUCGACAGUCAUGAUGACGGUGACGGAUGACACAAGUGCUACCGUGACUCUGCCUGAGUCGUUUAAGACCACUGUAGACAGAACUACGAUUUUGAGUACCACGACCAUCGUGGAACCGACAGUAACAAGCAUCAAAUCGACAGUGAUAACAAGCUCAGAUAUCCAGACUAUCACAGCCCCCGCUAGAACGAAGACCACUUCGGUCAUCGAUACCACAACGGCUAUCGUUACCGUGACCAAGGCCGAUACUACUACCACAGUCAAGGCAACAGCCACAGUCACCAGCAUUAUCACAUCAUCCGCUAAGGCUGAGACAACUUCGACUCCUCGCGCCGUCAAAGUCACUUCGUAUACAACCAUCACCGAGGGCAGCGGCGGCACUACGACAAAGAGCAUCAAGGCCACCACCACCACCGUGGAUCUGACUUCUACUAAGACUAAGCAUAAGUUUGUUACAACCACGCUCAGCUGCAUUCCUGCGGCUAAUGGCAAGCGCGAUUUGUUCCAGCCCCGGGCUAACACAGCCGACGAGGUCACUAUCACCGAGUACACGACUUUGACGACUUGUAACAAUACUGAGACGCUUGAACCAGCCGUACCCACUGCGUAUGUCACAGUCACAACAACUCAAACGAUCGGUCAUACGUCCACCGUCAAAGCUUCAACCAGCACAAUCACCAGUGUCUCAGCUACGACCAAGUUGGCCACGGAGACCGUCAAGGCUGUGACAGUCUACCUGGCCGAGAGUAGUACUAGGACGAUCGCAAUGACCACUACACUGAAAGCCAGCACCAUCACAGAUACGAUCAUUUCUACGGUUACCAAGACCUCGACCGUGACUGCGCCUGGUGCGACUGCCACAGUGACCAGUCUGAAGACAACAACAAUCAAGUCAACCAUCACUGCGCCUCGAAUCACGGUUACCAAGACCAAGGAAGCCAUCAGCAAAGUCAAGGAGACUAUUACGUUGCCCACCCCUAUAACGACUAUUCUCAAGACUACCACCGUCAGUCCCAAGCCAUCCGUGACUAUUACGGAUCAGGCAACCAAGACACACACGGCAACUGUGAAGCAGACCGUCACUGAGACCCAGACCGUUACCAAGACGUCGAAGAACGCGAAGGCUUGCCCUACCUAA